ACACCACUCCUUCUCAUUCUUGAAACUGAGAUUGGAGUUGAAGGCUGAGGGAAAAUGGCCCAUUACCAUGGAGACUAUGGCAAGAAUGAUGAGGUGGAAUUUGUCCGAACUGGCUAUGGGAAGGAUAUGGUCAAAGUUCUCCAUAUUCAGAGGGAUGGAAAAUACCACAGCAUCAAAGAGGUGGCAACUUCGGUGCAGCUGACUCUGAGAUCCAAAAAGGAUUACCUCCAUGGUGAUAAUUCUGACAUCAUCCCGACAGACACCAUCAAGAACACAGUGCAUGUCCUGGCAAAGUUCAAAGGGAUAAAAAGCAUUGAGACAUUUGCUAUGAACAUCUGUGAGCACUUCCUUUCUUCUUUUAACCAUGUCACCCGAGCCCAUGUCUACGUGGAAGAGGUCCCCUGGAAGCGUUUUGAAAAGAAUGGACUCAAGCAUGUCCAUGCUUUCAUUCACACCCCCACUGGGACACACUUCUGUGAGGUGGAGCAGAUGAGGAGUGGACCUCCAGUCAUUCACUCUGGAAUCAAAGACCUCAAGGUCUUGAAAACAACCCAGUCUGGAUUUGAAGGAUUCAUCAAGGACCAGUUUACCACUCUCCCUGAAGUGAAGGAUCGAUGCUUUGCGACUCAAGUGUACUGCAAGUGGCGUUACCAGAGAAGGGACGUGGACUUUGAGGCUACAUGGAGCACUGUCCGGGAAAUUGUCCUGAAGACAUUUGCUGGGCCCUAUGACAAAGGCGAAUACUCCCCUUCAGUGCAGAAGACACUCUAUGAUAUACAAGUGAUGUCCCUGAACCAGGUUCCUGAGAUAGAAGACAUGGAAAUCAGCUUGCCAAACAUUCACUACUUUAACAUCGACAUGUCCAAAAUGGGGUUGAUCAACAAGGAAGAGGUUUUGCUGCCUCUCGACAAUCCCUAUGGCAAAAUUACUGGGACAGUCAAGAGGAAGCUAGCUUCAAGGCUGUGACAGUCUGGCUCCAGUCAAUUGUGAUGCUGGGGACCACUGUGUGUGUACCUGCAAAAGAUGUCAACUUAGAAUAUUGAUUGCUUUCUUCUGUAUGAAACAAUUGCUUUCUUUGCAGAACCCCAUAUUUUCAGGUACAACAUACCCCAUGGCUGUGGGCAGUUUCCUUAAAAAUCACUGGGUAGUAUUAGAACAACCACAGUGAUAUUUAUCCUUGUUGCUCUU